AUGCAAGGGCGUCGGUCUUGUCAUCGAGACUUAAUCCCUAUUGACCCCGAGUUAGAGAGGACCCUUAAGGCUAUUCGAGCAGUUAAACGUCCCAAUAGACCUAGCGACUCACUUUCAAUCAUGGCGUUACGCGCUAAUCAAGAGAACCAGGAUAGGCAAUUGAGGGAGUACUUUACUCCCCCUGCAUACACAUCACCUUCUUGCAUCUUGUUGCCCACUAUCACAGCAGCUCAAUAUGAGAUCAAGUCUCACACUCUUCAGAUGCUCCCAUCCUUUCAUGGGCUUGACAAUGAGGAUCCUUUCAAGCAUAUUGAUGAAUUUGUAGAGAAAAGUUCCACUGUAAAAAUUCAAAACUUUUCUGAUGAUGCCCUUAAGCUGAAACUUUUUCCCUUUUCACUUAAGGAUAGAGCCAAAGAUUGGCUUAAUUCCUUGGCAACUGGGUCUAUCACUACCUGGGCCCAAUUACAGCAGGAAUUCCUUACAAAGUACUUUCCCAUAGGUAAGACAAUCCUGUAUAGGCAAGCUAUCACGAGUUUUUCUCAAGUUGAUGGCGAGCAAUUUCAUGAGACAUGGGAAAGGCUUAGUCAGCUUACUCGAAAGUGUCCCCACCAUGAAGUUCCUAAGUGGCAGUUAGUUCGUAUUUUUUAUGACGGGUUGUCUGAACGGCACCGUCAAAUGGUUGAUGCCUCUUGUGGUGGGACUUUUAUGCUUAAAACCCCGGACGAGGCAUGGUUGUUAUUUGAUAACCUGAGUAAUAAUUCCCAACAACAUGCCUCGGCCGCUAGAAGAGUUAAUAUGGUGGCCUCAAAUUCCCAACAGCAAAGAGGGAUUUAUGAGGUUGGGCACUCCAAUGAUCUCUCUAACCAAGUGGCUGCUUUGAACAAAAAAUUUGACCAGCUUCUAUCCCUUGGUCAAGUUCCUUCUCCACCUUCUCAGCCUUCAUAUUUUCAGGAGGCUUGUGCAAUUUGUUCGAGUCCUUCUCACUUUGUGAGUGAGUGCCAUAUGGCUUCCCAAUUCCCCGAGUUUGUUCAAGAGCACGUUAAUGCUGCUCAAGGGUUUACCAGACCCGGAAAUGAUCCUUAUUCUAAUACAUACAACCCGGGAUGGAGAAAUCACCCAAAUUUCUCUUGGAAACAACAAGCUCCGAGCAAUUCUCCUGCUCCACCCCAAAGGCCUAUGUUUACCAACUCUGCCAAUCCUUCAGCCCACCAUCCGACUCAAUCACUACAGCCAUAUCAGUACCAUAAUACUCCUUCACCUCAAAGAAACUCUGAUUUUGAGGAUAAGGUGCUGCAAGCCCUCCAAGGGCUUGAGGCUACUUCUCGUAAACUUGAGGCGAACACACAAACCGUCAACUCUCAUACACAAUCAAUUUCAAAGAUAGAGGCCCAAAUGGGGCAGCUUGCUAAUGCACUCAGUCGACGAGAGGAGGGUAGGUUACCGAGUCAACCAAUAGGCAAUCCUAAGGGUCAGUAUGAAGUAGAGAAUGCACAAGUGAAUGAUCCCUACCAUGAGCAAGCCAAGGCAGUAGUGACCCUAAGAAAUGGGCGUGUGCUGGACACUAGACCUGAGGGCAACAAGGGUACUUUGGAAAAGUCCAUCACUAACUCCCAGAGUUCUGAGGCUACGAUAGACCAAUCACCUUUGAGAGAGGAUCCACUCUCUCCUCCUCAAUCGAGCCCCACUCCGGAAUCCUAUGUACCCAAAGCACCAUUCCCUACCCGGCUUGACUCUCUUUCUCCUCUUGGUAAGAAAGGUGCUACCAUAGAAAAUAUGAUGGAGGUGUUCAAGCAGGUGACAAUCAAUCUCCCAUUGCUUGAUGCCAUUCAGCAAAUCCCUUCGUAUGCAAAAUUUCUCAAGGACCUUUGCACCCAAAAGCGCAAAACUCGGACUCAUGUGUCCAAAAAGGUCCUUCUCACCGAACAAGUGAGCUCUAUCAUCCAGCAUAACACUCCUCCUAAGCUCAAAGACCCAGGUGCUCCAGUUAUCUCAUGUGUUAUUGGUAAUCAUUCCAUUGAACGAGCACUUUUAGACUUGGGAGCCAGUGUCAAUUUGCUCCCUUAUUCGGUUUAUGAGCAAUUCGGGCUUGGUGAGUUGAAGCCCACGUCAGUCACCCUCCAAUUAGCUGAUAGGUCGAUUAAGGUGCCACGUGGCAUUAUAGAGGAUGUCCUUGUCAAGGUUGAAAACUUCUAUUUUCCUGCUGACUUCAUAGUACUUGACACGGAACCAGUGCAUAACCUUAGGAAGCAAACACCUAUCAUACUCGGUCGGCCCUUCUUAGCUACAGCUAAUGCUAACAUCCAUUGUAGGACUGGGGCGAUGGAUGUCUCCUUUGGUAACCAAACCUUGCGCUUAAAUGUUUUCAAUGCCUCCGAACAACCUCAUCAAGAGGAGGACUGCUUUGCAGUUGACAUGAUUGAUAACUUAGUAGAGGAGGCACUACCUUAUAUUCUUAAUGAGGACCCAUUAGAGGCAUGUUUGGCUCAUUUUGGCUUUAACAAAUUUGAUAUAGACCAGUCUAUUGAGGAGGUAAAUGCUCUACUUGAUGCUUCACCUCUCUUGGAUUUUCCCCCUUGGAAAGCCAUAGUUGAGCCAUUGCCUAAUCUUUCUAGUACACUGGCUCUUCCCUCUAUUGAGUGUCCACCCAAACUUGAGUUGAAGCCACUUCCGUCUACACUCAAGUACGUUUUCUUAGGUCCGAAGGACACCUUACCUGUUAUCAUUGCUUCUGACUUGACUGAUGACCAACAAAGUCAACUUUUGAGGGUGCUUGGAGAGCACAAGGGUGCCAUCGGAUGGUCUGUAGCGGACUUGAAAGGCAUUGACCCCUCUGUUUGCAUGCAUCGCAUAUAUUGUGAAGAUAAUGCGAAACCUACUCGUGAGAUGCAACGGAGAUUGAAUCCGAAUAUGAAAGAGGUUGUGAUGAAGGAAGUUGUGAAAUUGCUUGAUGCGGGUAUCAUUUACCCCAUCUCCGAUAGCAAGUGGGUGAGCCCUACCCAAGUGGUGCCCAAAAAGUCAGGCAUAACUGUAGUUGAAAAUGAGAAAGGAGAGUUGGUUCCCAUGCGCACCACCACUGGUUGGCGCGUAUGCAUAGACUAUCGAAAAUUGAAUUCCAUGACUAGGAAGGAUCAUUUCCCAUUGCCCUUUAUUGAUCAAAUCCUAGAGAGGUUAGCAGGCAAAAGCUACUAUUGUUUCCUUGAUGGUUAUUCAGGAUAUAACCAAGUGCCUGUUUACCCAGAAGACCAAGAGAAGACCACCUUCACUUGUCCUUUUGGUACUUUUGCCUACCGGCGGAUGCCAUUUGGACUUUGUAAUGCACCUGCGACCUUUCAAAGAUGCAUGAUGGCCAUAUUUUCUGACAUGGUGGAAGAUUUUCUUGAGGUUUUUAUGGAUGACUUUUCUGUGUUUGGGACAUCUUUUGAGUGUUGUCUCCAAAACUUGUCUAAAGUUCUUCAACGUUGCAAGGAGACAAACCUAGUCUUGAGUUGGGAGAAGAGCCAUUUUAUGGUUCAAAAAGGUAUCGUGUUAGGUCACAUUGUCUCCAAGAGGGGGAUUGAAGUUGAUAAGGCCAAGGUCGAUCUCAUCUCUAGGCUUCCACCCUCUACUUCAGUUAAGCAAAUCCGAUCAUUCCUUGGGCAUGCGGGUUUUUACCGCCGUUUCAUUAAAGACUUUAGCAAGAUUUCUCGACCUUUAUGCGAACUCCUCGCCAAAGAUGCUCCUUUUGUCUUUGACGAAGCAUGUCUGCAAGCUUUUGAGAAACUGCGUGCUUUACUUUCGUCUGCCCCGAUUAUGCAGUCCCCCGAUUGGAACCUCCCCUUUGAGAUUAUGUGUGAUGCAUCCGACUAUGCAGUUGGUGCAGUAUUGGGACAACGGGUGGACAAGGUCCCUCAUGUCAUCUACUAUGCUAGCAAGACUCUUGCAGAUGCGCAAUUGAAUUACACUACUACUGAAAAAGAGUUGCUAGCAGUAGUUUUUGCUUUAGAUAAGUUCCGUUCAUAUCUCCUAGGAUCCAAGGUAUUAGUGUACUCCGAUCAUGCCGCUUUGCGGUAUUUGCUCUCAAAGAAAGACACUAAGCCUCGGCUAAUUCGAUGGAUCCUUUUGCUACAAGAGUUUGAUUAUGAGAUUUGGGAUAAGAAAGGUUCCGAAAAUUCAGUAGCGGAUCAUUUGUCUAGGAUCCUGGUAGAAACCUUGAGUGACCCUCUUCCCUUCAAGGACUCAUUUCCAGAUGAGCAACUUUUUGCAGUGUCACAGGUCAAUCCCCCAUGGUAUGCUGACAUAGUGAACUAUCUUGCUAUAAGCAAAAUCCCUUCGCAUUGGUCCAAGCAAGACAAGGACCAAUUCUUUGCGCAAGUUAAGUUCUAUUUCUGGGAGGAUCCAGAAUUGUUUAAGUAUUGCCCAGACCAAAUUAUUCGUAGAUGUGUCCCUGAGAGUGAAUUCCAUAGUAUUCUUAACUUUUGUCAUACUCUCGAGUGUGGCGGCCACUUCAGUGGAAAGCGGACUGCCGCUAAGGUCUUGCAGAGUGGCUUUUAUUGGCCAACUCUAUUUAAAGAUGCACAUGAGUUCUGUCGAAAUUGCUUGAGGUGUCAGCAAACCGGGAACAUGUCGCAUCGAGACAUGAUGCCACUUACCUCUAUUCUUAUUGUGGAAAUCUUUGAUGUGUGGGGUAUUGACUUUAUGGGUCCUUUUCCGUCCUCAUUUGGUUUUGAAUAUAUUCUUGUGGCGGUGGAUUAUGUCUCAAAGUGGGUGGAAGCGGUAGCUACUAGGACUAAUGACCACAAGGUGGUGGUCGAGUUCUUACAAAGUAAUAUCUUUAGUCGAUUUGGCUUUCCGCGAGCGAUCAUAAGUGAUGAGGGUACCCAUUUUUUCAAUCGACACUUCGCGGCUUUAGUGCGAAAAUACUCGAUCACUCAUAAGGUAACCACUCCUUAUCAUCCUCAAACCAGUGGUCAAGUCGAAGUGUCCAAUAGGGAGGUUAAGAGUAUUCUUGAAAAAACGGUGAGACCCGACCGUAAGGAUUGGUCUCUCCGUCUAGAUGAUGCAUUGUGGGCCUAUCGAACAGCCUACAAGACUCCCAUUGGCAUGUCUCCUUAUCGGAUGGUUUUUGGUAAGGCAUGCCACUUACCGGUUGAGUUGGAACAUCGCGCGUUUUGGGCCAUAAAGAGAUUGAACUUCGAUAUGGAUGCCGCUGGUUCUACUCGAAAACUCCAACUUAAUGAGUUAGAUGAGAUUCGCAAAGAUGCCUAUGAGAGUUCUAAGAUUUAUAAGGCUAGGACCAAAGCUUUCCAUGAUAAGCAUAUUAAUCGUAAGUCAUUUGAGCCUAACCAAAAGGUGUGGCUCUUCAAUUCUAAGUUGCGUCUCUUUCCCGGUAAGCUUCGGUCUAGAUGGGAUGGUCCCUUCAUUGUUGUGCCAGUUUUUCCCUAUAGUGCAGUAGAGGUGCGGAACCCACGUAAUGGUAAAGUUUUUAAAGUUAAUGGCCAACGUUUGAAGCCGUAUGUGGAUGGUAUUUCGGAUGGGGAGGUGGUUGCGUCUAUUGAAUUGUUCGACCCUAAAUAUUUAGACUUUUGAGCUUUCAUGAAGUCUGGCUGAAGACGUUAAACUUAGCUCUUCUUGGGAGGAAACCCAAGUUUUGUAUAAGCUUCUCUUUGUUCUAGGCAUUGAUUCCUUCUUAUGUUUUUGCUGUUUUUCUUAUUUGCUAUUCUUUUGUUUGCUUUUAUUUUCUAUAUUUUGUUGUUGUGGAGGCUAACUUUUUGCAGGUUCGUCCGUUCAUGUUGGGGGGUCUCCCUCUCGCUAUAUUGUACCUUGCUUAGUUCCUCCUGUUCGAGGUGAUAUCUUUCCUUUCUUUUGCUAUUUGUCUUCUCUUUUCACGUUCAUGGUUUCAAUGCAGACAUUGAAUGGUGUAAGUUGGGGGGAGGGAUCACAUUGCUUCAUAGCUUCAUAGUUAGAAAAAAAAAAUUGAAAAUUUUUGAAAAAAUCGUUGGAUUAUUUUUGCAUGAGAAUUGAAACUUGUUGAGUUUAGUUCUUGGUUGAUUGAGCUGAGAUAUGAUGAUCAUUGCUUGGAUAUCUCUAUGGCAUUGUAGUUCUUUUUGCUAGCUUAUCGUGAGAAAUUUGUCAUGGCACUUAUUCUUAGCAAUUUUGCACUUCAUGUAUAUGUGGGCUUUGGUCGCUUUGUGCGCUACAUACUGACUGUUCUUAAUGGCUUGUUUAGUGGAGACUUAUAUACCCAUGUGAGUUUAGAGCCUUACCUUUUUCUUGGAGAGGUGUCACAUAAACUCUCAUUGUCACAAAAGAGCAGAUUCGUAGUUGAUCUCAUUAUCUUUGUUGUCAAGUAUUGGGAACAUAUUAAUAGCAUUGACUAUUCUCUUGGGUUCGAAAAUGUGCAUGGUUGUGUUGCCCCUAGGAGACGAUCAUAGGCCAUCUUUGAUACUUUGGGCUAGUUCGUUUAUUUCUUUCAUACACUUAUCCCUUGUAAGCCCAUUUGAGCCUCUUGCAUGAUAGCCUUUUCUUGUUGAGCUCCACCAUCAAAAAUGUGUCUUGAGAAGGCUUAAUUAAUUAUGUGGAGGUGAACUAUUAACAAAAUAUGGGGUAAGCGGAGUUGGUCAUAGAGCUUUGUUUAUGGUAGUCCUUCAAAAAAGUAUCAAAAGAAAAAAAAAAUUGAAUUGAAAAAAGAGGACACCAAGCUUAUUGAAGAAUGUGUAAAUGAUAUUAUUUUGAAAGGAUGUUGAAGGAUAGGAAAGAGAGAUGUGGCGAAGUUAAAAAAAAGAGAGAGAAUGAGAAGAGGGCACUUUGUGAAAAAACAUGCCCUAGAUGAGUUAUUGUGAGCCUAUUCUCAGACACUUGAAUAUUUUACCCUAGCCUUAAUACAUUUUCCCUUACCUAAAGCUACAACCAUAAUUGAAAGUCCUAUUUGAUCCUAGGGGCAAUGGGAUGUGGAUUGAUGGAAAGAGAGAGUUUCCGAUGCUUGCAUUUCAUUCAUGAGAUCAUGUGUCCAGUUCAUAGAGCAUUCUUUCGUGUCUUUGUGUGCGGAGUACUUUGUUUUCAUGUUGCAUAACUUCCACCCGCACAUGUUGAGAGUACAUAAAAUGCACCUUGUUUUGAAGUGAAUUCAUUUGUUGAGUGCAUGACAUGGUGAGAUUUGAAGUUGAGACUCGGUCCGGAGAGAAUUUUUAGUUGUUACUCACCUUGCGACCGAGGCCCUUAUUCAGACACGUUAAUUGUAGGUGCCAUGGUUUAUUUUUAUGAUUUGAUAGCCUCUAGAACUACUCUUGUUUAGUAUGUUUCUGCGAUGGUUUCAUUUUCUUUGCUUGAGAUAUUGAUGAGUUGUCAUACAGGUUUUUGGUCUCAUGUGAAAAAGAUUCACAGUGUUUGUGGGAGUUCAUUGCUGUAAACCCUCACGAGACUCCACUCGUCCUCUAGGGAUCGCCUAGAGGUUUAAAAGGCUUGUUGCACAAGCUAAGUGCAAUCGUGAGUCCUACGAAAGUGGCGUAGUUAGAAUUUAUCUUAAUUGUUUUCUUUGCUUGGGACUAGCAAAGUGUAAGUUGGGGGGUGUGAUAAGUGCCAAAAUAUACAUAUUUUGGCCCUCCAAUGUACAUUUAUCAGUCUUUUAUAUUUGUUAGUUGGUAUUUAUUACGUGUUUUUCUGUUUAUAGGUUGCUCGAACUCGGUUUUCAAGAAUUUGGAUAAAAAGAAGAAUUUAUAGAGGUUCGAGGUUAAAGUGCAAGUCCUUCGAAGUUGAAUUACUGAUUUUUGAUAACGUGAAGUCCAAGGGCAUUUAUGUUAAUAGUGCAUUAAAACCUACUCCUAUAUAUAAGUCAUUGGAUGGACUGACUUUGGGCAGCAGCUUUCGGAAGAACGGGGAAUUGGGUUUCAACGUCAGCAGCAGCUUUGGCCGUGGAAAAGAAAACGUGGACGAGCGCAAGCUUUCAAGCCUACUGAUCAUGGAGAUCACAUUAACGCCUUUCGAUUCUCUUCUCCGUUCUAUGAGCAACUAAUUCUCUCUCUUAGGGUGUGAUGAAACCCUAACCAAGUAACUAUGUUUUUGUGUUGAUUUUGGAUUUCGAUUGCCGAAACGAUGGUUGUAUAAUAUUGAGACUUGUUUUAUGAUUCACUGUUAUUCUUCCAAUCUAGUAUUAUGUAUUUGUUUUCUGUGAUUACAAAUACAUAGUUAUACACCGAUAUUCUUUGUGCAUGAAAUUGAGAAUUAGAAUAAUCUAUGCCUAGGAAAGACGAAUCGUGCCUAGAUUAAUUAGUUAUAAAAUCGAAGACGAUUCGUGCCAACCGAAGA